GUUGAGCGACCAUGCCUGCGUACGACGCGCUCUCGCAGCGCGCGCAGCACCGCCAGCUCGUCGAAGACAUUGGGCGCGACGCGGUGCAAAACUCGGAUCUCUGGGUCGACGAGGCCCGCGACGAUCGGUCGGGGUGGAAGCUCACGGUCAACAAGCGCAACAUGCAAGUGUUUCGCGCACGCCUUGGUGCUGGGAAGGCCAACCCGUCGCUCUACACGUUCUUGAGUGUCGGGUACCUCGCGACGACGUUCGACGAGCUGCGCAUGGCGCUCAACGCCCCCACGACGCUCGACGACCAGAUCAUGCAGUCGUACUUGCUCGAGAAGGACUAUGUCACGUCGCACGUGGUGCAAAACUACUCUGGCGGCAGCCACAGCGGCGACGACUGUCUCCCCUCGGACACUGACGUCGAGUUCUUUGGCGUCAAGUACCUCAAGUUUACGCUUCCCGGCACCAAGCUCGGCGUGCACGCACGCGACACGCUGUACCUCGAGUAUCUCACGGUGCUGCCGGACAACCAUGGCAUUGACACGCUCUGCAAGGUAGUCUACUCGAUCGACAACUACCUCCCGAGCGCCGACACCGACGUCUACCGCGCGACGAUCAUGGACACGAUGCUCUUUCGUCCGGCGCAGAAUGGCAAGAUCCACGUGGUUGUGAAAUCGUACCACGACAUGAAGGGCACGGUGCCCAAGUACCUCGGCGACCAGUCGUCGCUCUGCUUUUGGCGCAUCCACCGAAAAGUGGCGUCGCUUGCGCACAUCCGCAGCCUCCUCUCGGCCACACAGCUGCGGCCGUCGGCGUCGCUCGCGCAGUCGCACCCGAUCACGCGGGCGUCCUACAAGCGCAUCGUCGAGCACACGAAAAAGACAUGCGUCGUCUGCGUCAAGAAGUUCUCACUCUUUAGCACCAAGCUCUCGUGUCGGCUCUGUGGCCUCACCAUGUGCACCAAGUGCUAUCUUCGUAUUACGUAUGCCGUCCAAGACGCGCCGACCACGAGCGCUACGAUGCACAAGACGACCAUGACAACGUACGUGGAUGACUUUUGCCUUACGUGCGUGCGGUCGCGCGCGCCGUCGACCGACGAUCCGAAUCAAAUUGCAAGCACGGCCGCGACAACGCCUGUUGAUGUGCCGUCGUGGCAGUUCAAUGAGACGGCGCCGUCGACGCAUUCGAGCUUCUCCAAGUCCAAUCGACCGAGCGAAACGUACUUUGGGAUGAACGUCCACCAUACCUCGGUGCGGCGGUCGAGCACCGCGGCGGCCAAGGACGAACGCGACUACCGCCUCUCCAAGGAGGAACAGCCGCCGCUCGUGCUACUGACGCCAAGCCAAAUGUCGGCGCUCGAGGCCGAGACGCCAACAAAAGAAGCGCCCGAUGUGUUUGAAGAGAUGCGCAAGUCGAUCGCGAUCCAAGAAAACAUCAUUUCGGCCAUGCGCGCGAGCUGGCAUGGCUCAACCGACGCCGAAAACUACAUGCCGCGCCGCAUGUCGCGCAUGGAGCGGGAGCGCAUGAGCGAGGACCGCUUCGCACGGGACUGCGACCGCUUCGAGGAGCUCGACGCCUAAAUCAACGACGACGUAGAACUAGGGGACAGUCCCCAUUGACUUAUUAUUAUUACGACGCCGUACUAUCUCCUAUUGCGGCGACUGGUGCGUCCUUGCCUCGACAGAGA